AUGACAUUCUCGGCGAAGAAAGUCGCUAUUAUUGGCGCUGGAGCAGGCGGAUUAGUCACAUUGAACGAGCUCUUACAUACUGCUAGUGACGGAUCUUCGACUAUUGAUAAGGAAAAAGAACGCCAUGCACUGCCGGCUAAUGGAGCAUUUUCAGAGAUAACAGUUUUCGAACAGAAUAGCUCGAUCGGAGGUGUUUGGAAUUAUAGCAACGAGAAAGACGAGGGAUUCCCUUCUGGAGUAGUUGAGUACUACAAGCCCUCAGAGGUGAGGCCAACAAAAACUCCACCUGAAAGUUUGGACUCGACAUCGAGAGAGGUCCCUAUUGAGUCGAAGUCAUUGCCGGGGCUAAGAUGGAAUAAAAGUGGGAUUUAUGAUGGUCUCUUUACUAAUAUUCCUGGUGAACUGAUGAGAUUCACCUCAGGCCCGCCGUCUGUUGCCACAAAUGAUGGGGUGUACGCACCAUUUGUCACACACGAUCAUGUGCUUCGUUACUUGAAGAAUUUUACGAGUGUCAACGGUCUGGAGAAAUAUAUACGAUUCAACUCUUCCGUUGAAAAAGUGUACAAAGAUCCGGAGACCGGAAAGUGGGUUCUGCAAGUAGUGGAAAGAAAGGAUAAUGCUGAUAAUUGGUACCAAGAGACUUUCGAUGCGGUCGUUGUGGCCAUAGGAAAAUUCAAUAUUCCUCACUUCCCAAAAGUGAAAGGUUUGCGCGAGUUCGCAGCAAAGCACAAGAACGUCAGCCAUGCCAAGUCUUACAGGAAUCCGUCCGACUUCAGGAAUAAGAAAGUGCUAAUUGUGGGGAGUAGCAUCAGUGCCGUUGACAUUUUGCAGUAUCUUAUACCUGUCUGCAAAGAGGUGCAUGUAUCAGCCAACACACUGCCUGGGCAAGAACUAAAGAACAACAAAGAAGCCGGAAAAAAAUGGAUAUCUGAUGUGUUGAUGGAUCCUGCGUUGCUAAUACGUCUUCACCCAAAAAUCAGACAGUUUCUGGAAGACUCAGUUGAGUUCAUCGAUGACCAAGUCGAAAGCUUUGACAAAAUCAUUCUAGCAACAGGAUACCACACACACUACCCGUUCCUCAGCAUACCAGAAAAUGAAGGAAAAGGCUAUGUUAACGUGAGUACCGAUGGUGAAGAUGCCACACAACACAACAUUGUCAGGAACCUAUAUUUAUACACUUUUUCCAUUGGUGACUCUUCACUGUGUCACAUUGGAAUUCCAAGUACGCCACUGUUUUUCCUUAUUUGCGAGGUGAGUGCAAUAGCAGUUGCAGGCGUGUGGUCUAAUGCUAAAGCUCUCCCCUCCAAAGAAGAACAGAGGCAAUGGGUCGAGGACGCCUUUGCACUUCAAUCUGCAGGAACUAAGAGAGUAACGUCUGAUGCGGCUACAGAGCUUUAUAACAAGAUUCAUAGCCUGGGGCCGCGUGGAAGAUACAACUUCUUUAAGUCCAAUGUCAUUGACGAUCCAGAGAAGGCCAAGAUUAUACUUAAAGACCUGUUCUACAAAAUAGUUAAGGGUAAAAUUGAAGUCUGA